CGGCAGUGCGGUGGGGGGAGGCAUGCUGGGGGGCGGGGGGAGUGCUUUAACUGGGCAGACUCCCGCAGAUCAGUGACGGUCAGAUCAGUGCAUUUAACGGGAGUCCGGUAGUCACUUUGUACGAAGGCGGUAAGCAGACGAAGGUGAGCUAGGUGCGGGACUGAGCUGCUGUGGAGCAGGUCGUUAAAUAUCAGCCGGAGGUGAGCUGGAUUGCAUUGUGCAGUUACGCCAGACAAGAUGACUGACAGGAAGGCAGUGAUCAAGAACGCUGACAUGUCUGAGGACAUGCAGCAGGAUGCUGUGGACUGUGCCACCCAGGCCAUGGAGAAGUACAACAUUGAGAAGGACAUCGCUGCUUACAUCAAGAAGGAGUUCGACAAAAAGUACAACCCCACGUGGCACUGCAUUGUGGGUAGGAACUUCGGAAGCUACGUCACCCACGAGACCAAGCACUUCAUCUACUUCUACCUGGGGCAGGUGGCCAUCCUGCUCUUCAAGUCUGGCUGAGUGCCCCCCCCCCCCCGGACUGUAACGCCCCAAUGGGGGAUGGCUUUCCCCCCCCCCCCCCCGCGCACAAAAGACUAACUGUGGGCAGUUGCAUGGACUGUAUAUAAAACUAAAUGUGAAUGUUGAAGUAAACAUCUUAUAGUUGGCUGGGAAACACUUUUGUUCAUGCUGUAGUAUUAACUUUAUUGCACUCUUGCUUUCAAGUGGCCUUUUUGAGUAAUAAAGAGUCAUUCUGUGGUAAAUAUGGCAGGAUUGUAGUACUGUGUCCACUUGCAGUUCAGGGUGGACCGCUGGAUCUUUUUAGGGUCACUGUUUAAAUGUUCACAUGCAUUCAAAAUGGCUACCUGUGGGGUCCCGUAAUCUCAUACCCCGAAUCCUAACAUGAUGCUGGACAAACGUCUGGGAUGGGAGAGCGACCUGCGAUGCUGGGUCUCUGUUUAAAUUCCCCAUUAGCCCCUAGGGUUACCUUUAGGUAAGGGAUGUUAGUAUAGUAGCGUGUCAGUCAUGUGCAGCUGGGUUCUUAUUGUGGGACAAGCUAUUAAAAUAGAUAUUAAUGGUCUAAAAGUAGUUGAGUUCCAUGUGCUGUGCCAUGCUUUACUGUUUUGCACAUUGAGUGACGGGCAACAACUUAAUGUCUGCCUGUUGUGGAAUCUAGUUUUUGGGAAAUUACAUAUUAAGGGUAGAAUACACUCAUUUUAACGUGAUGGGUGCUAAACAUGAAGAUUGCUGUUGCGGUUGGUUCCGCCAUUUCUUUUCUGUCCUUAUUUGUGCACAUCUUUGGGUCCAAGUGAUGGCCUUUGUAUCCCACUAGGGUUGGUAAUGUUUGUCUGUACACUUUGUCUCAUUUCUGUUCCAGGAUCAGUUGCAUUUCACUCAUGCUUUUUUUUUUUUUGUGUGUGUAUGUGUGACACGGAAGCGUGUAAGAACAUGUCAUGAGUCUCGUUCAUUAAAGAUGUCUGGUCACGGUGAAAGAUACUGGGUGUUUUUUGGGUAAGAUUGAUGGGGGGGCCCGCUCGCUAAGCCUAGAUGACCUGUCAGACACAGAUUUGUGCCAGUACACCUGCACAGGGAUCUAACCCGCUGAUUUCCCCCCAGGCGUUUAUGCAGCCUGUUAGAACAUUUUAGGAAUGAGUGCCCGAUGUUACUCUGUGACACCUGAUCCUCCGCUCACGGAGCAUUUGAUAUCCGGUAUCAGGUGCGUUAAGUGUCUAAUCUGGUCCCAGUACUAAACCACCAUGGCAUUGAAAGCAAGCCAAAAGCUAAUGGUGCAUUCAACUAUGGUCCCGACGACAGCUGGGUACAACGAGAAUAGAUGUCGGGCAGACUUGGUGGUUUUGAGACAGCCGGGUGCGGGAUUUUCUGUGGAGGUUCAGAAUUUUUAUGGUAUAGAAGAUUGUGGAAAAACCGCUAGCAGGAUGCCAUCCUGGGGCAAGCGUGUGUUUGUUAGGCGGGUGCCAGUCUUCGAGAUGGUUUGGGGUUGUCCGACCUUGACGUGAAAGUGCUAGAAGUUUGCAUAAAGGUAGGACCUAUAUUUGGCGGGGGGUUGGUGACAGUUAACGUUUCCGAAGGGGGACGGUGGCCAAACAAUCAUUUUUUUUUUUGGGAAUCCAUUACCUCUACUGGGGUUGGUCCUAGGAUGAUUAUAUCAAAUCAUUAAUGAUUGGUUACAUUUGGUGUUUCUGUUACUUGGGCAGAUCCAUUUGAUGAGCACUGCCCACAGGUUGCCACUCCCCCGUGAUACUAUGAUGUGCGUAAGUUUCUCAUAAGCGCAAAAAAAUCACGCUUUGGUUUGCCAAACUGAAGUGUGUUUUCUGUCAUGGAAAUAUUCCACAAAAUUACGCAACUGCCGAGAGGGCUUUAUGUGAGCAGCGGUGUUGAAUCCUGAAUUAACUAUUUGCACAAUUACAGAGGGUUAGAUCAUUCAGGUGAGUCUCGCACUAUAGGUGAUUUUGGAAGGCUGGGUGUUUAUUUGUAGUGACAAUCAACCAUAAUGACCAUCAUUUAAAUUAAAAUUAACAUGUAUGCCGUCUCUAAUCGGCGUCUCUGAAGACGUGUGGAUGGACGUGUGCAUGCUAUCUAUUAAUUUCGCGCGCCACAUUUUGCGGCUUGUAGAUGUUCCGCGGUGGACUGUGCACCGAAACCUCCCGGUCGUAGAUCUAGUUGCGUUCCCACUGCGACACCUGGUGGCCAUGGAUAGCACAUAAUCCGUGCCUUUAGUUGCAAUUUAAAUACGGCCACAAGAUGCCGCUAUAGUCAUUUCUAAGGAUAUUUCUCUUUUUCUGCAGCGAACAAACUUGUGAAUCGGUCAAUCGGGAAAAAACUAGCUUCUUUGAUUUUAAUUUGAAUUGAAUAUUCUUUAACGAACAAGAAAUCCAAUGUGUGUGCAAGACUAUCCGCAACAAUAAUUGUAUUAUGUUUUGUGUAUGCAGUAAGUGUUAACAUUCCGUUUCUGUGUUACGGCAAGGUGUCCUUAUUUUUCUGUUCGCCACACCAGGUAGAAUUUCGCAUACAUGUGAUCACAUUUACGACGUGAUUUUUUUCUAAAGUUUGAAGUCUAUAAAUUGCUUAGUGUUCUAACGCCAUUUCAUUCUGAAAAUCUGAGUCUUAUCUCUGCAUUUUCAAAGUGGAAUUAAUAAAAUAUCUCUGCUGACAUUCAUGUAUUUUAUUCUUCACGAAACUGGAGGUGCAGUAAUACUUGCAUUCUUAUAUAAUAUCAUAAACACACAGAAGGUGUGAGCUAAAUCUGGUUGUAAACACAGCAGUUAUAUGUUGUUCUGUACCAAUAAAAGUGUUGUGCAAGCGAA